AUGGGAACAGUUUCCAUAUUUGUUCCCAUACCAAAGGUUACAAAAUUGGAACUGAUAUUUAAAGAUCAAGUUUAUUUGGCUGGUGAGACUAUUGAUGGCAAGGUUGUCUUGGAAUUGAAUGAGCCUUUGUUCCUUUAUUCAGUGAAGUUAAAGAUAUCAGGAAAAGGAUUUGUGGAGUGGAUUGGGGAAUCUGAAGAAAAUCUUGAUUACACCAGGAAAAUCCACUGUAGUAAUAGAGAAGAUUAUUUUCAUCACAUCUUCACACUUUGGGGAGCAGACCACGAUGCUGAAGGAUUGGAACAGGCCCUGGAUGCUGGCUCCCACGUCUUCCAGUUCAGCCACAAACUGGACAAUGCCCUCCCUUCUAGCUUUAGUGGCAGUCAUGGGAAAAUCCAUUAUUAUGUGCGGGCAUUCUGCACGGCCACGGGAGGAACCCUAGCACAAGUGGAGAAGACCUUGAACGUACAGGAAACGUUCAACCUUAAUCUUGACCCCAGUAACAAGAUGCUGACUGUUCCUCCAACAUUUUCCAUUUCAAUAUUUGAAACUUUACCUUUCUAUUUUCCAAGAGACAGUGAUACCAUUUGUUCCCUUUAUCUCCAGCUCCCUCUGCUGCUCACAGCUGAGAAAGAGAUCUCAUACUGGUGCUGGAAGGUCCCAGGGAUUUCUAUGAAUGUGACAGUGGACAAGAGCGGAUUCGUCCCUGGAGAAGACAUCAUCAUCACAUCUGAAAUAGACAACCGAACGGUGAGGUUUCUCCGGCUAAUCUCUUACUCCAUUGGCACUGAGAUCAAGUAUAAGGCAUUCGUUCAGGAAGCAUUGUGUGACCAUUACCGAGAGUUCAUUGAGAAGAGUGAACUGAAAAAGAUGGAGGCAAUGAUUGAGGCUCCGCCAAGACAGGUCACAAAAAUCCUUGGAUCCUUACAGCUGCCUAAACCAAUGUUUAUCAGCGACAUGUCAAGGUGUAAGAUUAUAUCAAUCACAUACCAGCUACAAGUGACAAUUCCCAUCCCAGCACAUCACAUCUCAGUAACAGCCUCAGCUCCCAUUAAGAUUGGAACAACUCCAGUGCACAUUUCUCUUUAG